GACAGCAGCGGGACUAUUCAUUCUCAUUGUUUGUAUAGUACAACAUGAAGCAGAAAAGACAGAAGUAAAACUCAUUCAGACGCUCCCAAUGCAGGAACAAAGGAGGAGGAGCAGAACGUCUCCUGUCACUGCUUGUUAGACUCAGAACUGUGGUUUGAAGAUGAGGCCGGGUUGUAACAGGUUUUCCAUCCCCCAGCCCUUCAACUCUCGCAAGGACCUCUCAAGGUGUAGGAGAGACAAGACAGCGAUGAUGCAGCAGGACAAGCAAGUCAGCACGACGAUGAUGUAUCGAACCCAACUUGGCCUCGUCUGAUCAUGCUUGCGCAUCGCCCCGAGGAGGAGGAGGGCAGAGAGAACACACGUGAGGAGGCCUGUCGUGCUGCCCACCAGGGCAAAGAAAUGCCCAGGCAGAGGAAGAAACGACGCGGCAAAACCCGAUGCAGCAAUGAAGGUGACCCGGACAAAUCCGCGAGCUAUGGGGAUGAGAGCAUGGCGAAUGUCGAAGUGGCGCAUGAAUCGCAAGCCGACGAAGUUGAUUUCGAAGAUCCUGAGGGACGUGAGGAUAUGAUGGCGGAAGACGAUGAGGAGGUGGAGGAGCAGAGCGACUUGUGACAGCAGGACGAGUCGGCUGAAUGCGAACAAGACCCUCUCGUCAACGAGAGACCCUCCUGCUGCUGCUCCUGCUCCU